GCAGUCAGUCAAAAUUAAUAUUAAACACAACUCGAAUUAAUUUUAAAAAUCUAAUUAAAAUGAAUUCUCUCUUAUUAAUAGCAUUUUUAUCCCUCUCAUUUUGUGUCCCAAUAAAGGCUGCUCCUCCAUAUGGACAAUUAUCUGUGAAAGGAACUCAAUUAGUGGGCAGUAAUGGACAACCAGUUCAACUUGUUGGAAUGUCACUUUUCUGGUCGAGUUGUGGUGAAGGAGAAGGGUUUUAUAACAGAACAACAGUAAAUAGUCUUAAAUGCUCUUGGAAUUCAAAUGUUGUUAGAGCUGCAAUGGGUGUAGAGUAUUCAGGGUGCGGACGACCAGGUUAUUUGGAUGCCCCAAAUGUUGAGCAGGCAAAGGUUGAAGCCGUUGUUAAGGCCGCUAUAGAGUUGGAUUUGUAUGUUAUUCUCGACUUUCACGACCAUAAUGCUCAAUCACAUGUGCAACAAGCUAUCCAAUUCUUCACUUAUUUUGCUCAAAACUACGGAUCUAAAUACCCUAACAUAAUUUAUGAGACUUUCAAUGAGCCACUACAAGUAGACUGGAGUGGUGUAAAGUCAUAUCAUGAGCAAGUUGUUGCUGAAAUUAGAAAAUAUGACAAGAAGAAUGUCAUCGUUCUCGGUACAACAACUUGGUCUCAAGAUGUUGAUACUGCUGCUAACAAUCCUGUAAGCGGCACAAACCUUUGCUACUCCUUACACUUCUACGCGGCAACUCAUAAACAAAACUUAAGAGACAAGGCUCAGGCUGCAAUGAAUAAAGGAGCUUGUAUCUUUGUAACUGAAUAUGGAACCGUUGAUGCAAGUGGAGGUGGUGGAGUGGAUGAAGGCUCGACAAAAGAAUGGUAUAACUUCUUGGAUAGUAAGAACAUUUCUAACCUCAACUGGGCUAUCUCAAACAAGGCGGAAGGUGCUUCAGCACUCACAUCUGGAACGAGUGCUUCUCAAGUUGGCAAUGAUGACCGAUUGACUGCCUCCGGUACUAUAGUGAAGAAGUAUAUUAAAUCAAAGAAUACUGGAGUCAGUUGCAGUGGUGCAUCAUCAAGCAGUGGUUCAGGAAGUAACUCCUCAGGAAAUAAACCGAGCAACUCUGAAAGCAGCACUGCCAAGACAUCAAGCAAUUCAGGAAAUAAAAGCGGUAGUUCUAACACAGGGAGUAAUGCAAAUAACUCAGGAAGUAAAUCGGGCAACUCCGGGAGUAAUACAGGAAAUACUGGCAGCAAUUCCGGAACCAACUCAGGAAAUACGGGUACCAGUACAGGCAGUAGUUCUGUUACAGCUUCUGUGCAAGUUCCCGAUAAAUGGGAUAAUGGUGCAAGAUUCCAGUUAGUAUUUAAAAACAAUGCAAGUACAAAAAAGUGUGCAGUGAAAUUUUCAUUGACUUUUGCCUCUGGACAACAAAUUACUGGCAUUUGGAACGUUCAAAAUGUAACAGGAAAUAGUUUUGUUCUUCCAGACUACGUUACAAUUGAGGCAGGGAAACAAUAUACAGAUGCAGGAAUGAAUAUAAAUGGGCCAGCAACACCUCCACAAAUUAAAGUGCUCGGCGAUGGAAAAUGUGUUUUUUGA